GUUCUAGUGAGGGAUCACCUAUUUAACUACGUCCAGACUGCGGAUUGGUCCGUUGAGCUGCCCGCCUCGCCAUUCGACACUCUUCAAGACCAGUGCAGCCAAUCACAGCUUAAGUGCCACCAGAUCGGCCAGCCCAAAUGGUCGGACAUGUCUGAACUGUUUAUGGAAUGUGAGGAAGAGGAGUUGGAGCCAUGGCAGAGACCAGCUCCGGAGGUGACCCUGGUGGAAGAUGAUGAUGACGACGAUGAGCCCAUCUUCAUCGGAGAGCUUGUAAACAGCCCAAAGGUGGUCAAACCCAGCCCUUCACCUGUACGGAUCGUAAUCCCUAGACAGGAAGCCCCGCCCCCAGCCCCCAGAGGGGCCACGCCCAUCAUGCUGUCAGCCAGUGUCCCUGGCAACGGAGCGAUGACGUCACCACCCCCCUUACCAACCAUAACCCCCCACCCAGUAAUCGUCAAUAGCCAGGGAUACAUCGUUCAACCGCAUCAACUGGGGCCCGCCAACCUCCUGGCCACGCUCGGAAAACAGUACCCGCCCGGAACCUCCUUCACCAUCGUCCCAGCUGGUCAGCCGCACCUCCUCCCGUUGCUGCCCCAGGCCAGGAUCAUGCCCGGGGUCGUCCACAGACCCCAGGUGAAGCUCAACAACAACGUGGUCACCCUGUCCAACGUCCAGAACCCUGCCGUCUACUCCUCCCCCGCUCCUCAGCCGCCUGUGACCCAGCCGCCCAAACCUCCGCCCGUUGACAUCUGCUCCGUGACUGCGACGAGUCCGACCCAGAGCAAAGGAGAUCAAAGCUUGCUGAAACGGCGAUUAAUGCCAACGCAAAACGAGGUCAAGACAAAGAAAGUCAAACUAGAGCCAGUACAAAAUAACAAAGCAGUCGAUGCACAAUACGUCUACAAGAAGAAGUGUUACAAAUGCAAAGUAAUCUUCCAUCAUCAGGAAGCUCUGAAGUCUCACCUGAAGAACUGCUCUGGCAAACCUGUGGAAAUGGUUUCCCCAUCGCCGCCUCCAAGCACAGUCGCUCCAGUCCAAGUCGUGAACCCCAAACACAUCCUGCUGGUCGGAGAGUUCUACUACGGGCGCGUGGAGGGCGACUGGCAGAUGCAGAGGCAGGAGCAUAAAACCAACACCACUUUCAAGUGCCAGAGCUGCUUGAAAGUGCUGAAGAACAACAUCAGAUUCAUGAACCACAUGAAGCACCACCUGGAGCUGGAGAAGCAGAGCAGUGAGAGCUGGGAGAGCUACACCACCUGCCAGCACUGCUACCGGCAGUACAUGACCCCCUACCAGCUGCAGUGCCACGUGGAGCGGGCCCACAGCCCACUGGCGUCCUCAACUAACUGCAAGAUAUGCGAAUUGGCGUUUGAGACGGAACAGGUCCUACUGGAACACAUGAAGGAGACCCACAAGCCUGGAGAGAUGCCAUAUGUGUGCCAGGUUUGCAAUUUCAGGUCCUCAUUCUUCAUGGAAGUGGAGGCUCAUUUCAAAGUAGCUCACGACAACACGAAAGACCUCCUGUGCCCGUUCUGCCUCAAAGUGCUCCGAAGUGGACACUCAUACAUGCAGCAUUACAUGAAACAUCAGAGAAAAGGCAUACAUCGCUGUGGAAAAUGCAGGCUGAACUUUCUGACCUACAAGGAGAGGGUGGACCACAAGAUCAACUUUCACAAGACUUUCAAGAAACCAAAAGCACUUGAAGGCCUUCCACCUGGAACUAAGGUGACCAUCCGGGCGUCUCUAGGAGGUACCGUCUCCUCAUGCAACCCGUGCCCCAGCGGCACCACUCCUGAAGCUCAACCUCCCAAACCAGCCAAGUCCAAACCCAAACCCCCCCUGGCCCUGGGGAGGGCCAAGACUGCUCAGCCCAAGAGGCAGCAGGAGGCGCGAGUGUCAAAGAAGAACACGGCUCUGAAGAACACCAGAAUCGGUGGAGGUCCACACACUUGUAUCGAGUGUUCCACAGAGGUCACUGACUUCUUCUCUCACUAUCCCAUGAUUUCGAACUGCGGUGCGUGCAAAUACCAGACGAGCUGCAAAGUCUCAAUCUCCAAUCAUAUGAUAAGGUAUCAUAGUACAAUAUCGAAGGACCGAUUCAAGAGGAUGGGAAGUCAGAGAAUGUCGAAUCCAACAGUUAAAUCUCUGAGCUGCCUCUCCUGUGACUUCCUGGUGGGGGCCUUAGAAGGGGACAAGAUGACCAAGCACCUGACGGACGACUCAGACCACGUGUGCCGGGUCAUUGAGCGGAAAGUUGCUGCUCCUGCACCUGGUGUGAUGCUCUCCGUUGUGCAGCCACCCAGAGUUUUCUACCUGUUUACGUCAACGACUGUAACACCAAAUGAAGCGGACAUGAAACCAUCGGCGGGGUCUGAAGGGGCGGACAUGAAACCAUCUGCGGGGUCUGAAGGGGCGGACAUGAAACCAUCGGCGGGGUCUGAAGGGGCGGACAUGAAACCAGCAGCCGGGUCUGAAGGGGCGGACAUGAAACCAGCAGCCGGGUCUGAAGGGGCGGACAUGAAACCAGCAGCCGGGUCUGAAGGGGCGGACAUGAAACCAGCAGCCGGGUCUGAAGGGGCGGACAUGAAACCAGCAGCCGGGUCUGAAGGGGCGGACAUGAAACCAGCGACCGGGUCUGAAGGGGCGGACGACUCCGGGAACGGAGCCUCUGGUUCACCUCAAGAAGAGGAGUCUGAGGAGUUAGCUGGAACCGACCUGGGCAAGGAGGCAGGGGGCAAGGAGGCAGGGGGCAAGGAUGCCGGAGCCACAGGCAGUAAGGAGGCAGGGGGCAAGGAGGCAGGGGGCAAGGAGGCAGGGGGCAAGGAGGCAGGUGCCAAAGGCAGCAAGGAGGCAGGGGGCAAGGAGACUGGAGCCACAGCCAGCAAGGAGGCUGGAGUCAAGGAGGCUGGAGUCGAGGAGGCUGGAGUCGAGGAGGCUGGAGUCGAGGAGGCUGGAGUCGAGGAGGCUGGAGUCGAGGAGGCUGGAGUCGAGGAGGCUGGAGGCAAGGAGGCUGGGGGCAAGGAGGCUGGGGGCAAGGAGGCUGGGGGCAAGGAGGCAGAGGAAGCAGAGACUGCCAGUUGGGCCGACACCUCAGCCCCCCCCUCCGCCCUCUCAUCGGGCCCUUCAGGAGAAGGCUCCCCGGGGCCUGAUGGCUGUGAGGGGAGCCCUGAUGGCUGUGAGGGGAGCCCUGUGGGCAUCGACCAGGUCCGGAAGCUGGUCAGCAGCCUCCAGGAAGACCUGAUGUCCUCCGCUCAGACCCCCUCACCCGAUCAGGGAACAGCUGCAGGCCUCUGA